UAGUAGUACGUAUACAUGAAUGGAGAUUAAGCCAUCGUGUCAAGACAUGAUAAUCGAGGAGGAGGAAGAAGAAGAAGACGAAGUAAAGGCGCCGCUACUAUCUAGCAAAGGCGUACCGGAAGUAGACAGAAACCUCAUCCAACAAGCCAUCAGCCAGACGUUUCAAAGCACCGCGUGCCUCGCCAACCUCCUCCCCACCGGCACGGCCCUCUGCUUCCAGCUCCUGGCGCCGAUAUUCUCCAACCAGGGCCACUGCGACGCCGCCGCCCGGGCCAUGACGGUUUCGCUCCUCGGCCUCUGCGCGCUCUCGUGCUUCCUGCUGAGCUUCACGGACAGCGUCAAGGACCAGAAGGGGAGCCUCUGCUACGGCUUCGCUACUUUCAACGGCCUCUGGAUUAUUGACGGAUCGGCGACUCUGCCGGCGGAGAUGGCGGCGAGGUAUAAGCUCAAGUUUAUUGACUUCGCGCACGCCGUGAUGUCGGUGCUGGUGUUCGCGGCGGUCGCGAUGUUUAAUGAUAACGUGGUGGAGUGCUUAUGGCCGGCGCCGUCGACGGGGACGAAGGAGGUGCUCACGGCGCUGCCGGUUGGGAUUGGAGUUAUGUGCAGUAUGCUUUUUGUGGUUUUUCCUACGAAACGGCAUGGCAUUGGCUUUCCACUCACUGAUUGUUAAAUCCUACGGCUCAAUAUAAAUGUUGCUGUCUCAUCAUUAUUAUUAUUCACUGCUCCCUCCGUCCCAUUUGAGUUCGACGCGUAUUUUAACUUUUAAGAAAUGUAGUAAAAGAUAGUCAGUGAAAAAUGACAGUGGAAUGUUGGUCCUACUUUUCUAAUAAAAUGUGAGGGGAAAAAAGUUAGUGUAAUAUAAGGCCUAUUACUAUUUAUGAUUCCAA